AUGGCUUCCCCAAACGAAGCCGCGAGCUCACCAGAGAUUGCUCCUGAGCGUCCCGUCCCAGCCCCGAUUGACGACAAGGAUCCCGAGAUCGUCGAUGAGAAGCCCAGUUCCGAAAUCGAUCCCAACACCGGCGGACUUGCAGGUGUCGAGAAGAUUGAGGCCUUGACUCAAACAUGGACCAAGCCGUGGCUUGUCGUCGCCUACAUCUUGUAUGCGCAGUCUGCACAACUCUUCCGCAUCUGGCUUGUCUUCUUCACAGACUCGCUGCAACAACAAAUUGCUAGCUCUCUACUGCCUUAUGCAGUCAGUGACUUCGGUCUCCAUGGCCUUAUGGCCGCCACGGGCAUCAUCUCCAACAUCGUGGCAGGAGUCAGCAAGCUACCGCUCGCGCGUAUUAUCGACGUGAUUGGUAGAACGCAAGGCCUCUGCAUCAUGUUGGUUUGUGUUGUCAUCUGCCAAACGUUCUUCUGGACUGGCAUGAAUGGUAUUGGUUACGUUCUCAAUAUCUUCAUGGCCGAUACCUCGACACUUCGCAACCGAAUGAUUCUCUUCGGCUUUACAUCUACACCCUACGUCUCCAACACCUUCGCCGGGCCUGCAGCUGCCCAAGCUUUCCUUGACGGCAGCACUUGGAGAUGGGGAUACGGCGCUUUCACAAUUAUCAUCCCGGUUAUUUGCGCCCCCCUAAUUAUCAUCUUUACCCUCCAGUUGAACCGAGCCAAGAAACUCGGUCUCUACGUCAAGCCCCAAACCAACCGCACCUUCUGGGAGUCGGUGAAAUACUGGUUAAUAGAAUUUGAUGUUGCAGGAAUCCUUAUUGUAGUUGCUGGAUUCUCGCUGUUCCUGCUGCCAUUCAGCAUUGCUGGUUAUCAGGCACACAAAUGGGUUGAGCCCAGAAUCAUUGCGAUGAUCGUUAUCGGUGGUCUUCUCUUGAUCGCGUUCCCACUAUAUGAGAAGUACCUUGCGCCAAAGACUUUCAUUCCUUGGGAGUUAUUUCAGAACAGAACAGUCCUGGUCGCCUGUUUGCUCGGAGGGAACAUGUGGAUCAGCUUCUACUGUUACAAGGUUCAGUUCUCAUCCUAUUUGCAGGUCGUCUACGACCUCAGCGUCGCAAGAGCUGGCUUCAUCACCAAUAUCUUCAACAUCGUAUCUUGUGCUUGGGCGGUUCCGGUUGGGCUUCUCAUGCGCUUCACCGACCGAUACAAGUGGCUUGGACUGGCGGCGAUUCCUCUUCAGAUGCUUUCUACCGGUUUGAUGAUCAAGUUCCGUAUGCCCGAUACUCACGUCGGCCUUGUCAUCAUGUGCGAGGUUCUCGGCUCUUUCGCCGGUGGCACUAUUGUCAUGGUCGAGCAGAUUGCCAUCAUGGCUUCCGUUGCUCAUCGCGAUGUUGCAGUCGGUCUCGCUCUACUGGCUCUCGUCACCAGUGUUGGAGGUGCUAUUGGCCAAUCUAUUAGUGGUGCUAUUUGGACCAACUCGAUGCCCUCGAAGCUAGAGCGCUACCUUCCCGACGAACUCAAAGACCAGGCCCUCCUCAUCUAUGGUGAUCUUGUCACUCAGCUCAGUUACCCAGUGGGUACUCCCGAGAGAGACGCCAUCAUUCGUGCGUACGGCGAAACGCAGAAGAUCAUGAUCAUCGCGUCGUUGGUGGCAUUAGUUGGAUCGAUUGUUUGGGUUUCUUUGAUGAAGAACCAUCGCUUGAGUGACAAGCAGCAGACAAAGGGUGUUCUGUUCUAA